CUUUUCUCACACACCUCAGUUCAGUCCCGAUGGGUACGGAGUACCUUACACACACUGGCACACACGCACACCUCCUCACCCCUCCAUGACCCCUCGGUCAGAAUAAGGAACCGGUACCUAGUAACUCCGUUGUCUUAGCAGCUCCAAUACAAUCUCCACGUACCCUCAGGACCUUGUCUACCUUUGCGUGCUAGCCAACCUAACCUUACCGUCGUUUUUUACCACCUGCCACUUGUUCGUGUCCCACACCCCUCCUCUCUCGCUCACACUCAGUCUACUCUCCGGGAUCCGACCCCAAAAUUUUCUUCUGCCAACCUAGAUACAGACAGACUCAUAUCAUUGCUUUCCAAUCCGCCCAGAAGACCUUCUUAACCCGCCUGUUCCUCCCCUCUCCUCUCUUCACAAUGUCCUCCGAACAACUCCCCCUCUCAAACGACGCCUCUGCGGCUACAAUCAACCCUUUGGCCGCCCACCCCGUCCACCCUCAAGAUGCCCAGGGACGACAGCCCGCCGCCGCCUCCGCCGCCUCCUCCGAACUCGCCAGUGGGAAGGUGAAGCUCACGGGCGCUCUGCGUCACUUUGCUGAUUUCCCCAUCAAGGGAAUCGACUUUGUCGACAUCAUGCCCCUCUUCCUCGACCCCACAGUUCACCAGACUCUCGGCGAUGCCCUUGAGUUGCAGGUCAAGGAGGCUUUCCCGACUCUUCCCGACGUCAUUGUCGGUCUCGACGCCCGUGGUUUCCUUUUUGGCCCCGGCAUGGCCCUCCGUCUCGGCACCGGCUUCGCCCCGGUGCGCAAGCAGGGCAAGCUGCCCGGCCCGUGCGUUACCGCCGAGUACCAGAAGGAGUACGGCUCCGACUUCUUCCAGAUGCAGCAGGAUGCCAUCAAGCCUGGCCAGAAGGUCCUGGUCGUCGAUGACAUUAUUGCUACUGGUGGUUCCGCAAAGGCUGCGGCCGACCUCAUCAAGCAGCUCGGCGGUGAGAUUGUCGGCUAUCUCUUCAUCUUGGAAAUUCCCGGUCUGAACGGCCGUGAGAAGCUCGGCGACACCAAGACCGUCAUCCUCCUCGAAGACGCAUAAAGGACAGUAUGGAAGUGGGCCGUAUGUGCCCUUCAUACAAGCCCGAUGAUCAGCACAUAUCUUCGAUGGGCGGGCUGUUGUCUCCGAUUCAACUUGGCACGGCCUGGACUCUCGAAAGUACAUACAUACAAGCCGUCGGAUGACUUGCUUUGAUACCAACCGAGACAGGUGUCAAGGGUCGACGAAAAGUGGUCUCUUUCCUUGGAAUCUGAUCGAUUUCGAUUUCCUUACACAAGGACACGCGCGGAGAGUGACAUCGCGCCGGCGUUUUGGGUUACAAAAAGUUGGAUGGCAAACUGAUUGGAGAGAUGACAACACAUAGACGAUAUGAGAUGAAAAGACUCGGAUUAGAAUCCGCAGUUGAAUGGGCGCGUUCGAGUUCUUAACAACGCGAACGCCCUCAAAUAUAAUGAUGAGCAACCACCAGCAUCAAAACUUUGCCAACGUGCCCAUACUCAGUCUCCGUGCUUUGAAGUCGCCGGCAGGUACUCUUGAAGGCUCACUCUCAUCUGGAUGCUUGACAUGCGUGUCUGAGACACUGCGGCAGCCAGUUCGCGGGGUCGUAUAAGUCGUGUAAAUUGAGGUUGAUUCGUCCGGAUCAGGAGGAAAGGCGAAGUUGUGCAGAAACACCUGCAAGCUAGGCUGAGAAGAUAAGAGCAGUAUCCAAGGAUACUUUGUGAGUCAAAUUGAUACUACGCGAAAUGCCUGAGAUUCCGAGAAUGACCUCAGUUCAUUGUCAGUACCUGACCUACCUUAUAUACUGAGCCGGCGACUUACUUAAGAAGCUCUUUAGGGUAAGUGACACCCGAUUCCACUCCAAGAUCCUAUCUAUAUCUCUCUGGUAGGAUUCACACUUGCCUUCCACGCUGACGAAGUCUCCUUCUGAGACAGCGAGUCCCUUUGGCGAUGCCCCC